AUGAUAGAAAAGAAGACAGACGCUUCUUUCGUCGCUCCCAUACCAUCGGAUACCUCAUACGAAGAUGUUGAACCCAACGGCUUCGAUGCAGUCGCUACCAAGAAGCUUCUCCGCAAGCUGGAUUGGCAUCUCAUACCAUUCAUGUCGCUCAUCUACCUCUUGUGCUUUCUAGACCGCACCAACAUCGGCAACGCUCGUCUCGACCACCUCGAACAAGAUCUCAAGCUACACGGCCUACAGUACAAUGAUUGUCUCGCCGUCCUAUUCCCCUUCUACAUCGCCGCCGAGAUACCAUCGAACAUCAUGAUGAAACGGACCCGGCCGUCUAUCUGGCUGACAUUCAUCAUGUUUUUCUGGUCAUUAGCGAUGAUACUGCAAGGCUUCGUGAAGAACUAUUCGGGACUGAUGGCUACACGAGUCUUUCUGGGAGUGUUUGAAGGAGGACUGUUUCCAGGUGUCAACUACUACAUCUCGCAAUGGUAUGUGAGAGACGAAUGCGGCUUCCGCAUGGCUCUCUUCUUCUCCGCUGCAACGCUCGCCGGAGCCUUUGGCGGCGUCCUAGCCCGUGGCAUCGCCGAGAUGUCCGGUGUUGGUGGAAAAGCAGCGUGGGCAUGGAUAUUCAUCCUAGAAGGCCUCCUCAGCAUCCUCGUCUCCACAAUAGCAUACUGGUGUAUAUACGACUACCCAGAAACCGCCCGCUUCCUCACCCCCAAAGAACGCACAGAAGUCCAACGCCGCCUCCACGCAGACCACGGCCACCUCUCCAACGACUUCGACAUGAAAUACGUCUACCAAGCCCUCACAGACUGGAAGAUAUACAUCUUCAUGCUCAUCUGCAUGGCGGGUUUCUGUCCCAUCUACUCUUUCGCCCUCUUCCUCCCGACGAUCAUCAAGAACAUGGGUUAUACUGCCAACGACGCGCAACUCAUGUCCGUCCCGCCAUACGUCUGCGCGUGUUUCUUUACUAUUGCUGCAAGCUGGUAUGCUGAUCGUGUGAAGAAACGGGGUGUCUUCCUGAUGGGCUUCCAGGUCGUGGCUAUUGCGGGCUUUGCUAUGCUUGCUGCGACGGGGAGGCCCAGUGUGCAGUAUGCGGGUACGGUGCUGGCGGCUAUUGGGAUUUAUCCGCAGAUUCCGUUGGGUAUGGCGUGGAAUAGCGGGAAUAUUGGGGGGAGCUUGAAGAGGGGGACGGGGAUUGCGAUGCAGGUCAUGGGUGGGAAUUGUGGGGGUAUCAUUGCGAGUUAUGUCUAUUUGUCGCGUGAUGGCCCGAGGUUUGUUGUUGGGCAUAGCAUUUUGAUUGGGUUUGUUAGGUGA